AUGUGUUGUGUUUGGGUUGUAGGUGGAGCAUUGGGAAUGGUAGUAAAAUCAAGGUCUUACAUGAGCCUUGGCUUCGCGGUAGCAAAGAUUUCCUCCUUAGAGGUUGUUGCAAAAGAAAUCUUGAGUAUUCCCUUGAUUGAGGAGGUUGUAGAGGAUAUGCUUGUUUGGGAUGAAGAGAAAAGUGAGGAUUAUAGUGUUCGCACGGGUUAUAAACUUUGGAGGAAUUCUCGUUCUUUUCAACCAAAUUGUAAAGUGGAUGGUAAUUGGGAUAGCUUGUGGAAUAUUAUGGCACCGCCAAGAGCAGCAGGUUUAUCUUCUAUUGUUGAAUACCGUUUACAAACUUUCAGCGAUGCUAUGUCUAUUAUCCUUGAUAUUUAUAGUAGAGAAGAUAAGAAAGAUGCGAAGCGUUUUGCUAUGGUGCUAGAGUGUGUUUGGAAGAACCGUGUCAAAUAUUAUUCCUCAGCUCUUGUUGGUUUGGAUUCCCCCCGCGCGGAAGGGUGGAUGAAGUGUAAUGUUGAUACCGAUUUUAGUAGCCAUUAUCAGACUACAAAUAGGGGUUGGUGUCUUCGAGAUAAUUUGGGAAGAUUUAUCAUUGCAGGUGUAGCAUGGGAUAAUGUCAUUAUGUCUCCCUUAGAAGCAGAAGCUUUGGCCCUGAAAGAAGCCAUUCAUAGUGCUAUUACCAUGAAUCUGAUCAAUGUGAUUUUCGAAAGCGAUUCUUAG